AAUAGCUACAUGAUCAUUUUGAGCAUCUAGCCCCUCUCGCUCAUUAUAUGAGAUAUGCACGAUGUUGGUGGAGCAGUGCUGGAGCAGGUCUUCCUGCUUUCUCUCGCUCUGCCUGUGUCUGGCCUUGUCAGCGCACCUGAUUCAGGCGGCUCCUGAUUUCACAGCCUACCUGCACAAGAUUUUAAGGAACCACUCGGCCCAAGCCUGUGACGGCGAGAUGCUUACAGUCACGUGUCCUUCCAAGACGGCUAUUGCAGUUCUGUCUGUGUUUUAUGGGCGCCGCACUGCGAGUCAGAACGUGUGCCCCGCUACUGACAGAAACAGCACUGAGGAGAGCGCAGAGUGCGUUUCCUUUGGGGCUGUCCAGAAGAAGGUCACAUACAAGUGCCAGGACCGGCGGGCCUGCCAGAUCCCUGUUACCAGUGGUGUGUUUGGGCCAGACCCCUGUCCUGGAACCAGCAAAUACCUCAUUGUGUCCUACAAGUGCCGCCCAGAACACCACCGCAGUAAGCUGGUAUGUGAGAACGAGAAGCUUCGACUGACCUGCAAGAAUGACACAGUGCUGGCAAUCUACUCUGCCACAUUUGGACAUCUGCUGCACGGAAGCCCUGACUGCCCCCAAGAGAACACCACAGCACCAGACAUUGAGUGCCUGUCCCCUUCUGCACUGAGGAGGGUGACCCGCAGGUGUCACGGUAAAACAAACUGCUCUCUGCUGGCUGACACUCAGAGCUUUGGGGACCCCUGCUUUCCUGGGGUGAGAAAACAGCUGCGGGUGUCGUACACGUGCGUGCCCAGACAUCUCCUGGAGGAUUUAGGACGUGGGUCUUCAGAUCCUUUCUUGAUCACUGAUUACACACAUGUAUUCCCACCCACACAGAUCAUGUCCCUCCCCUCAGGAUUCCCAGAGGCGGUAGCUCUUUACUUUGUGUCUGGGAUCUGCGCUGGACUGGUCUUCCUGCUGUGCCUGUUUGGCCUGAAGUCCACGCUGGUGCGGGACGUCAAGGACCUCUUCUCCGAGGCGGAUGAUGACAUGAGGGGGCCCUGCUCGGAACCAACGGAGGACGACACAGCCUCUGACUCCUCCUUCCGCAGGCUCACCCGCUGCUACCGCGUGGCCAACAUGUUCAGCCCAGAGAGGAUGGUGGACACAGAGGAGGAGAUGGAGGAGGAGCCCAAAGGAGACAUCUGGCUGCACACAGACUCCAGUCCUUUUGCCAUCCACAACAUCAAGGCCACUGCAUAGGGGACCAGAGUUACCCAAGCACUCAAUUCUAUUAGAUCAGAUGUCUCAGCAGUAAAAGUGCUCCAUAUUCCUUAUAUGAUAUUCUAUGUGUGUGCUUGUGUGUAUAUGCACACUAUGUAUAUGACAGGAAUCUAUGUAACUGAGUGAUAUUUACAGUUAUGUGACAUGUUUCU